UGCUCUCUGAAUACAUGCGCACUAACCUCACACGGGAGAUGUGUCGCUACCGUGUUUUGGACCACCUCUGGGCUGGCUGGUGGCGGGGGUCCGCAGUCUGCGCAGCUCGUAGGGUCGGAGGCUUUGGCGCCGAGGCCCGGCAUCAGUCGCAUCCUCGAGGCUCCAGCAAACGGUCGAGGUCCCUGGGAAACCAGCCCUUCCCAGGGCUGCUGCAGCCAGAGAACCUCAGUCGGGAGGAGCUGAUUGAUGUGUUGAGGGCAUCUGUGGUGGACCAGAAAGGGCCACUAGUGACACUGAACAAGCCACAGGGUCUUCCAGUGACAGGAAAACCAGGAGAGCUGACAUUGCUCUCCGUGCUGCCAGAGCUGAGCCAAUCCCUGGGCCUUGGGGAGCAGGAGCUCCAGGUUGUCCAAGCAUCUGGGAAGGAGACCUCUGGGCUUGUACUCCUCUCCAGUUGUCCUCAGACAGCAAGCCGCCUCCAGAAGUUCUUUGCCCAUUCACGAAGAGCCCAGAGACCUACAGCCACCUACUGGGCUGUCACUGAUGGGAUCCCAGCUACUUCUGAGGGGAAGGUCCAAGCAGCUCUGAAACUGGAUCAUGUUGAUGGCGUUGAUCUUGUAGUUCCAGUGAAGUCUCCAUCCCGAAAGCACAUCCUGGAAGGUGUCAAGAGGACCCUAAGCUACUUUCGCGUGGUGGCCACAGGUUCUGGCUGUGCCUUGGUCCAGCUGCAACCACUAACAGGGGACCUGGCCUGCAACCUAAGCAUGUGCCCUGACCAAGAAUCGAACCAGCAAUCUUUUGGUUUGUGGGAUGAUGCCCAACCCACAGAGCCACACUAGUCAGGGCUGUGUUUUUUUAAAGAUUUUUUUAGAGAGAAGGGAAGAGAGGGAGAAAGAAACAUUAAUUGUUGUUCAAGUACAGUUUUCUGUCUUUUUACUCCCAUCCCAGCCCACCCCCCGCAGUGCUCCCCACCAAAAUAUGACAUGUUUUUUCCACCAUACUAUUUGUUCCUUUUUGUCUGUAAUCAUUUAAAACAAUUGUAUUUCUAUAAUUCCAUUGUCUGAAAUCCUUGAGGGUCUAAUCCUAUUGUGUGUGCUUCGGACUCUCAUGCUUGGUGGGUUGUUUCUUUACUGCUCUAUGAUUCAGGAUUGUGGAUUCAGGUUCAGCUGGGCCUUCAUCUGUGGAAAUCCUUGUCCUCAUUUGAGGUGGGACCUUUGGGAGAGGUCGCGCCUUUGCUUCUGCCGAAUGCGUUAGGGCUCUCACUACUUCAGGACCUCCCUGAGUAUUAGAGUCUCCAUUGGAAGUUCACAGAGCAUUCAAGAAGUAUUAGGCCCCCAAACCUGUGUGGGAGCAGGCUCGUUGCCAUGAAUUCUCAGGGGACACUUGUUCAUUCCCCUUAGGGCUUCUCUGGCGGCUGGCUUGUUCUCCUGGCCCACCCUUUCCCUGAGGGUGUAGCCCAUCUAGGGUUUCAUUUAGGCAGCAAGACCCCAUCCCUGGCUGCCAGGGUAGCUACUUAAACCCAGUCCCCCUUGGUGUCAAGGUUGGCAGCACCCCUGAAAUAGGUGAAAUGUUGGCUCUUAUAUGUUCUGAAUUUUUCCUUUCUGUGUUUUGGUCUCGGAGACCUUAUUUCUUGUAUGCCCAUUGUGUAUUUAAAAGUAUGGCUGUUAUAUUUCCCCAGUGUUUCUAGGUGGUUUAUUAUAGCAAGAGGGUUUUUAGAUUAUUACCAGACGUGGAAGCAGAGUACAGCUCCUGGGUUUAAAUCCGUUUAUGUGGUAGGCAGGUCGCUUCUUUCUGAGCUUUGUUUUUCCACAGUGAUGAUAGGCCGCGCCUUACAGGGUUGUCGCGACUGCUAAAUAACCUUACAUGUGCAAAACAUUCUAUGCCAUGUCUGGUAUAUACUGCCCCCAUUUCUGUGUUGGUCAAGGUACUUUUGAUUGUAAGUCUUCCAAAAGCUAGUUCAAAUUGGUAUAAGCCAAAAAAAAGAAAAGAAACUUCCUGGCUCACAUAAUUUGGCUGGACCAGGGGCUCAGGGAUGCCAUCAGGAACUGUUUCUCCACGUUUUCUUUCCUCCUGUAUGUCGGCUGCUUUC